AUGGACACCAACCGCAUAUCCCGGCGAACCGGGAUCCUCUCCAAUCACCUCCGCGAUGACCCACCAACCGCAACAACACUCCUCCAACACAACGCAUGCCUAUGCUACUCACCUCCCGAGCUAUCUGAAUCAAAUCACGUAACAUUCGACAAGACGGAGAUGCGGAAGCUGUUGGACGGCCAUAAUCUGGAGGAUCGUGACUGGCUCUUCGGAUUGAUGAUACAGAGCCGUCUCUUCAACCGCCGGGAAAUCGACGGAAGGGUGUUCGUUUCCCCGGAUUAUAAUCAGUCGAUGGAGCAACAGCGUGAAAUGACGAUGAAGCGAAUAUCGUAUCUGUUGGAUCGCGGUGUUUUUCGUGGGUGGCUCACCGGUGAUGGUCCUCAAGAAGAGUUGAGGAAAUUGGCACUUCAUGAGGUUAUUGGAAUGUACGAUCACUCUCUCGCCGUUAAGCUCGGUGUUCAUAUGUUCUUGUGGGGCGGGGCUGUAAAGUUUCUGGGAACCAAGCGUCACCAUGACAAGUGGUUGAGAGCUACUGAAAACUAUGAGCUCAAGGGUUGUUUUGCAAUGUCUGAGUUGGGCCAUGGGAGUAAUGUCCGAGGAAUCGAAACAAUCACUACUUAUGAUCCAAAUACUGGAGAAUUUGUCAUCAAUACUCCGUGUGAGUCGGCUCAGAAGUAUUGGAUCGGUGGUGCUGCAAAUCAUGCAACACAUACUAUAGUCUUUUCACAGCUCAACAUAAAUGGUAGCAAUCAAGGGGUGCAUGCUUUUAUUGCCCAAAUCAGGGAUUCAGAUGGAAACAUAUGCCCAAAAAUCCGAAUAGCUGAAUGUGGUCACAAAAUUGGUUUAAACGGGGUUGAUAAUGGCCGUAUCUGGUUUAACAAUGUGAGAAUACCCAGAGAGAAUUUGUUAAAUUCCGUGGCUGACGUUUCACCAAGUGGCGACUACUUGAGUGCAAUUAAAAAUGCAGAUCAGAGAUUUGGAGCAUUCUUAGCCCCUCUGACCUCUGGUCGUGUAACUAUUGCUGUCAGUGCUGUUUACAUAUCCAAGAUUAGCUUAGCCAUUGCUAUAAGAUAUGCAUUGACAAGGCGGGCUUUUUCUAUUACACCAAAUGGGCCUGAAGUCUUACUGCUGGAUUACCCAAGUCAUCAACAACGUCUUUUACCUUUACUUGCAAAAAUAUACGCUAUGAGUUUUGCUUCAAUUGAGCUCAAAAUGAUGUAUGUGAAUAGAACGCCCGAGUCAAACAAAGCAAUUCAUAUUGUUUCUAGUGCAUACAAGGCUACUUUUACAUGGAAUAAUAUGCGUACUCUUCAGGAAUGUCGUGAAGCGUGUGGGGGACAAGGCGUCAAAACUGAAAAUCGUAUCGGUCAAUUCAAGGGUGAGUUUGAUGUGCAUUCAACAUUUGAGGGGGACAACAAUGUUUUGAUGCAGCAGAUAAGCAAGGCACUCCUUGCAGAAUACAUAGCGUGUCAGACAAAAAACAAGCCAUUUAAAGGUUUGGGAUUAGAGCACAUGAACAAAUCUUGUCCAGUCAUCCCAUCUCAGUUAACAAGUUCUACCAUCAAGAGCAGUGAAUUUCAGAUUGAUCUGUUCCACCUAAGAGAGCGAGAUCUAUUGAAACGUUUUGCUGAAGAGGUUUCAGAAUAUCAAUCUAAUGGAAAUAGCAAAGAGUCUGCCGUUGUUCUAAGUUACCAGCUCGCGGAGGACUUGGGCAGAGCUUUCUCUGAACGAGCAAUACUUAAAACAUUUAUAGAGGCCGAGUCAGCUUUACCAGCUGGUUCAUUGAAGGAUGUCUUAAGUCUGUUAAGAUCAUUAUACGCCUUGAUUAGUGUGGACGAAGAUGCUGCAUUUCUCCGAUAUGGAUACUUGUCAACAGAAAAUGCUUCUGCAGUGAGGAAAGAAGUUCCAAAACUCUGCGCUGAACUUCGACCACACGCUCUUGCGUUGGUUAAUUCGUUUGGCAUUCCUGAUGCUUUUUUGAGCCCUAUGGCAUACAACUGGGUGGAGUCAAAUUCUUGGUCUUCUGCUCAACAUUAA